UGUUCAUACUAAUUAAUAUGGCUUCUUCGUUUUUCUUUAUCAUUGUUGCUGUUGCAAUAGGCUUCUUCAUCCUUUUGAGAAAACUCAGAUUCCAUCAAGACAACCAAGAAAAUAACUCAUCUUCUUCAUCUCCUUCAUCAUCAUCUACAUCUUCUUUGUCUCCUUCAUCUGUUCCUUCUUCACCUUCUUUGUAUAGCACCUGGACGCACCAAGUCUUUCCCAGCUUCCGCGGGGAAGAUGUCCGUAGAGACUUUCUCAGUCACAUUCAGAUGGAAUUUCAAAGAAUGGGAAUCACUCCGUUCGCUGAUAAUGAGAUCAAAAGAGGGGAAUCCAUUGGUCCUGAGCUUAUUCGGGCUAUUAGAGGGUCUAAGAUCGCUAUUAUCUUGCUCUCUAGAAACUACGCUUCUUCAAAAUGGUGUCUUGACGAGCUUGUGGAGACUAUGAAGUGCAGAGAAGAGUUAGGUCAAACUGUGAUGGCCGUUUUUCAUAAAGUAGAUCCAUCUGAUGUCAAAAAGCUGACCGGAGAUUUUGGGAAAGUCUUUAGAAAAACUUGUGCCGGUAAAUCAAAGCAGGACAUUGGAAGAUGGAGACAAGCUUUGGCAGAAGUGGGCACAAUCGCCGGUUAUCAUUCAAGCAACUGGGAUAAUGAAGCAGUCAUGAUCAAGGAAAUUGCCACUGAUAUUUCGAACAUAUUGAUUAAUUCCACACCAUCAAGAGAUUUCGACGGGUUCGUUGGAAUGAGAGCUCAUUUGGAAAAGAUUGAACCAUUGUUAUGCCUACAGUCAGAUGAAGUGAGGAUGAUUGGGAUUUGGGGUCCUCCUGGGAUUGGGAAGACCACAAUUGCCAGAGUUGUAUACAACCAACUUUCCAACAGUUACCCGCUGAGUGUCUUUAUGGAGAACAUCAAAGCAACCUAUUCAAGACCAACCGGCUCCGAUGACUACAACGCAAAGUUGCAAUUACAACAACAGUUUAUGUCUCAAAUAACCAACCAUAUGGAUAUCAAGAUUCCUCAUUUAGGAGUUGCCCAGGAUAGGUUGAAAGACAAGAAAGUUCUUGUCGUUCUUGAUGGCGUAGACAAGUCUGUUCAACUUGAUGCUAUGGCGAAAGAAACUUGGUGGUUUGGUCCUGGGAGUCGUAUUAUCAUUACAACACAAGAUCACAGACUUCUCAGAGCACAUGGGAUUAACCAUAUUUACAAGGUGGAUUUUCCAGCAACUGAAGAGGCUCUUCAAAUCUUCUGCAUGUAUGCUUUUGGUCAAAAGUUUCCUAAAACUGGUUUUGAGGAGCUUGCUAGGAAAGUUACAUACCUUGCUGGUAACCUCCCUUUGGGGCUAAGAGUUAUGGGAUCCUACUUUAAGGGAAUGUCAAAGGAAGAGUGGAAAAAGUCACUACCAAGAUUAGAAACUAGCCUUGACGCUGAUAUUCAGAGCAUUUUGAAGUUCAGCUAUGACGCUUUAGAUGACGAAGAUAAAGAUUUAUUUCUUCAUAUAGCAUGUAUCUUUAACUACGAAGAGAUUAAGAUAGUGGAAGAGCAUCUUGCAAAGAAGUUUGUGGAAGUAAGGCAAAGACUUAAUGUCUUGGCUGAGAAAUCUCUCAUAUCUUUUAGCAAGUAUGGAUAUAUAGAGAUGCAUAGUUUGCUAGCAAAACUAGGUGGAGAAAUUGUUCGUAAACAAUCUAUUCAUGAGCCUGGACAGCGCCAGUUUUUGUUCGAUGAAGACGAGAUAUGUGAUGUGCUGAUUGGUGAUGCAGCAGGUAGUAAAAGUGUAAUAGGCAUAACUUUCUGCUACAGAAGCGAGGAAGAAUUCGAUCUAAGUGAGAGGAUUUUUGAAGGAAUAUCUAAUCUUCAGUUCUUAAGAUUCGAAGGUUACCGUGAUACAUUGCUACUAUCUCGCGGUCUGAACUAUCUUUCUCGCAAACUUCAAUUACUAGAUUGGGUAUAUUUUCCGAUGACAUGUUUGCCUUCUAUUGUGAACGUGGAGUUCCUUAUUGAACUAAAACUGAUGCACAGCAAGCUUGAAACAUUGUGGGAAGGAAUUAAACCGCUUCAAAAUCUCAGGCGGAUGGAUUUGAGUUUUUCUGAAAACUUGAAGGAGCUUCCUGAUCUCUCAACUGCCACUAAUCUUCGAGAAUUGAUUCUUUUUAAUUGCUCAAGUCUGAUCAGACUCCCUUCUUGUAUUGGGAAUGCCACCAAUCUCGAGAAUUUAGAUCUUCAUCGGUGCUCAAGUCUUGUGGAGCUUCCCUCUUUUGGGAAUGCCAUUAAUCUCCAAAAACUGGAUCUUAGCCAUUGCUCAAAUCUGUUGGAACUUCCAUCCUCUAUUGAGAAUGCCAUUAAUCUUGGGAAAUUGAAUCGUUUUAAUUGCUGGAGACUGAUCAAACUUCCCUCCUCUAUUGGGAAUGCCAUUAAUCUCCAAAAACUGGAUCUUGGCGAUUGCUCAGAUCUAUUGGAGCUCCCGUCUUCUAUUGGGAAUGCCAUUAAUCUUCGGGAAUUGGAUCUUAGUUAUUGCUGGAGACUGAUCAAACUUCCCUCUUUUGGGAAUGCCAUUAAUCUCCAAAAACUGGAUCUUCGUCGUUGCUCAAAUUUAUUGGAGCUCCCUUCCUCUAUUGGGAAUGCCACUAAUCUCAAAACAUUGGACCUUACUGAUUGCUCAUAUCUGGUGAAACUUCCUCUUUCUAUUGGAAACCUUCAGAAGUUGCAGGAAUUGGUUUUAAACGGAUGCUCUAAGCUAGAGGAUCUUCCCAGCAACGUCAAUUUGAAAUCUUUGGACAAACUUGCCCUCAAUGGUUGCUCGAUGGUGAAAAGGUUUCCGGAGAUCUCCACAAACGUUAGACUUCUCGAUCUCAGUGGAACCGCAAUAGAAGAAGUGCCUCCCUCGAUCAGGUCAUGGCCCCGUCUUGAUCACUUGCUGAUGUCAUACUUUGAAAACCUCAUGGAAUUCCCUCAUGCUCUUGACAUCAUUUCACAUCUGGACUUGAACGAUACAGAAACACAAGAUGUUCCUCCAUCGAUCAAGAGAAUCUCUGGUCUUAGGACGCUAAUGCUCAAGGGGUGCAGGAAGGUGGUAUCACUGCCUCAGAUUCCAGAAUCUUUAGAAGAGAUUGAUGCAGAAGACUGUGAGUCCUUGGAGAGACUAGAUUGCUCCUUCCACAAUCCAAAGAUUACUCUCAGCUUUGGUAAGUGCUUUAAACUGAAUCAAGAAGCAAGAGACCUCAUCAUCCAGACACCAAGUAGGCGAGCAGUCUUACCUGGUAGAGAAGUGCCUGCGUACUUCACUCACCGAGCAACUGGGGGUUCAUUGACAAUUAAGUUCAAUGAGAGGCCUCUUCCUAGAUACAUGAGAUUUAAGGCUUGCAUCUUGCUGGUUUAUAAUAAUGGUGACUAUGAGGCUCCUGAUGAAGAUAAUAAAUGGUUACAUAUUUCUUUCGGUGUUAGGUCUAUAACAAUGAGACAAUCUAUUUCCCCAUGCCUAACAGAGCAUCUGUACACAUUCGAGAUCGAAGCAACUGUAACUUCCAGCGAGCUUGUCAUUAAAUUCAACGUCGGUUGCGUCUGGAAGAUAGGAGGAUGCGGGUUACGUUCGGAAGUCCUUCAUGUUGUUGAUGGACACGAAUGAGAGCCUGAGCGGUACAGACUGUUGUGGAUUUGAGAAUAAAAAUAAAUGAUAGCUUGAAUUUUUAAUGUCAAUUAUGUUGUUACUUUGACAUACGAGAUCGGAGUUCACUUCUGCCUCAAAUGUAACUUCCAGCGAGCUUGUCUUUGAGUUCAACGUCGAAAGCCGUGACGACUGGAAGAUAGGAGGAUGCGGGUUACGUUUGGAAGUUCUUCAUGUUGUUGAUGGACACGAAAUAAAUGAUAUCUUGACUUUUUAAUGUCAAUUCUGUUGUUACUUUGAAAUACGAGAUCGGAGUCCACUUCUGCCUCAACCAUUCGAACGCCCAAAAAUCCUCUCGAAGAGCUCUUUGACUUCGACAGAAGCCGAGACGAAGACAAACCUGUUAUCUAUGGUUCACCCUUUUACUUCCUCAUUUUCUAUUUUACUUCAAAGUCGACCUCUUUGGCAAGUGUUUACUCCUCAUUUUGUCUCUGAUACUCUGAGAAUCAUUAAAAUGUGAUAUACUUCAAAGUCGACCUCUUAGCUUACUUGUUCCUUGUUCAUAGAGUGUACUUAAUUGAAAAAAUUUCACUGUGGCUUACAAUUGUAAUGUGGUUAUUCUGUUACCAAUUGCCUUUUCAGGA